UUUCAUUUUCAGACAUGGCAAGCCUAAAGCGACUAACACCAAUCAUUCGUCCGCUUCAUAAAGCGUGCACCAGCCCUUUCUCGAGCACCCCGGCUCGUACUGUACAAGUGGUGUCUUUUGACGCAAAUGACACCCUGAUUGCUGAUGGAGAACCAUUCAACGAGGUCUACACACGAGUUGCUGAAAAAUACGGGAUCAAUGUGAAUUCGGCCGCUGUUGCUGCAUCAUACCCGAAAUAUUGGAAGAAUUUGUGCAAUAGUCACCCGUGCUUUGGAUUCAGCUCCAUUGGUGACUUUGAAUGGUGGAAGCGAAUUGUAAUCGGAUGCCUGCAAGAGGGAUGCUCUACAAAAAUUGAAGAAGAGAAAGGAGAAAAGAUCGCUCAUGAUUUAUUUGAUUUCUAUGCUGAAGGUAGCGCAUGGAGGCUCACUGAUCCUAAGUUGAAGUCCGUCCUCAAAGAACUGCGUGAUAACGGAGUGGGCAUCGUGAUUGUAUCGAAUUUCGAUUGUCGUUUAAAGAAAAUUCUACAAGACAUGGGCCUCUACGAACUGUUUGACAUGGUCGUGGCCAGCGGAGAAGUGGGUGUGGAAAAACCAAACCCGGAUAUUUUUGAGCUGGUCCUGCAACGAUACCACCUACACGAUGCGUCGCAAAUGCUGCACAUUGGGGACAAUGUGCAAAAGGACUUCCGAGCGGCCAAACAGUUCGGGGCCAGUGCCCUUCUGUUCGACCCCCUUUCGGUCAACGCUGAAGUGUCGAGCGCUGACAAAAUUACGUCUUUCUCGGAGCUAAGGGUCGAGUAGGAGGAACGACUUUCCUGGAAUUUUUUACAAAAAUGCCAAAUUAUUUGUGACCUUAUCCCAAUGAGCUUUCUUUCUUUGCGCGCAUUCCAUGCGAAAUGUACAAAGUUGUACAAAUAAUAAUUUAUUUUUCUCGUGUCGUCCGAGACAAUCACUGCAUUUGAUUGUUUCUUGUAUAUAGUCCUAAGC